GACAAAAUAGUCAGGGCGAGGAGAACGAGAAGGAAGAAACGAUUUGAGAGGAGGUCCACCUGGUUCAGAUUAACACUUUGAACACAUUAGUGGUGCAACAUGUCCUCCAGCAACUCCAAUUCGACGGAGUUCAGGAGAAAAUGGGAUCGAGAUGAGUAUGAGUCACUGGCCCAACAGAGGCUGAGGGUGGAGCGGGAGGCAGCCCAAGCACAGAACCAGAAGGCAGCGCCGGUGAAGAGAGAGUUACUGCGGCAGCGAGAUUACAAGGUCGACAUUGACUCCAAGCUGGGCAAGAGUCAGGUCAUCACCAAGACAACACCAGCGUCACAGUCUGGAGGGUAUUACUGCAAUGUGUGUGAUUGUGUUGUCAAGGAUUCCAUCAACUUCCUCGACCACAUCAAUGGCAAGAAACACCAAAGGAACCUGGGCAUGUCGAUGAGAGUGGAGCGCUCCUCACUGGAUCAGGUCAAGAAGCGCUUCGACAUCAACAAGAAGAAGCUGGAGGAGAAGAAGAAGGACUAUGACAUUGAACAGAGGAUGCAGGAACUCAAGGAAGAGGAGGAGAAGCUGAAGGAGUACCGCCGGGAGAAGAGGAAAGAGCGCAAGAGGAAGGCAGACUCCUCUAUUGAUGAGGACAUGACAGGGGGUAUGGAUCCUGAGAUGGCUAAGGUGAUGGGCUUCUCUGGGUUCUCCUCCUCCUCCAAGAAGUAAUGCGCUAGGUUAAGGUUUUAAUUGACUCUCUUUAAGGCCGUCUCUUUUGGAUAAAUACAAAAUAAAUUAAGAUUCACACA